AAAAAAAAAAGCCACUUAACAGGCAUGAGAUUAAUAUCUAGUAGGUUGUUUUUAAGGAAAGUAGGUGGGGACAGGCUGUAUUGGUGUUUUACCUUGCUUCACAGAAGAGCUAAGAGCACUGCUCGGGUAUUUACAGGCACAGCUGAUGAAGGUUUGCAUUUUCAUGUGAAUAUAAGAAGAGAACCAGAUAUGAUUCUUUCAACCUAUCACACCAUCCAGUCUGUUUUCUGCUGCUGCUGCUGCUGUGAGGUACAAAAACGAGCAAUGAGAACAAAGAUAAAUGUGGACCCUGACACUGACCUGGAGACCCAGUACACAGCCUCUCAAUCAGAGGAUUCCUAUGCAGCUACUUGGAAGUGUAAACAUAAGAAGAAAUUGCAUGUAAAGAACAAGCCUUUACCUCCUCUACCUGCUGAGGCUUUUGAAGACUACACAAAGAAACUCAGAGUUAUUGCGCUGUAUGACUUUUUCGCUAGAGGACCCUCUGAUUUAACACUCAAGCAGUCAGAAGAAUACAUUAUCCUUGAACAGUAUGAUCCUCACUGGUGGAAGGCUAGAGACCAGUAUGGGAACGAAGGUCUAAUUCCUAGCAACUAUGUUACUGAGAACAAAAAAAGUAAUUUAGAAACAUAUGAGUGGUAUUGCAAGAGCAUCAACAGAAGCCAGGCAGAACUACUUUUGCGACAGAAGUCCAAAGAAGGCUCAUUUGUUGUCAGAGAUUCAAGCCAACAGGGAAUCCUUACACUGUCUGUAUACUCACGGUCUAAAGGAAGUCAUGGUGGAGACAUUCGACAUUAUCAAAUUAAGAAAAACCACUUGAAACAGUAUUAUGUAGCAGAAAAAUAUCUAUUCUCCUCUAUUCCUGAGCUCAUUCAAUAUCAUCAACACAAUGCUGCAGGUCUUAUCACCCGUCUCCGACAUCCAGUCAGAUCAAUCAGAUGUUCCUCACCAGCAACAGCAGGAUUUAGUUAUGAGGAGUGGGAAUUGAACCCCUCGGAACUGACGUUUAUGAAAGAGCUUGGGCGUGGGCAGUUUGGAAUUGUUCAUCUGGGUAAAUGGAAAGCAACCAUCAAGGUUGCCAUCAAAAAAAUCAAUGAAGGUGCAAUGUCUGAAGACGAUUUCAUGGAGGAGGCCAAAUUGAUGAUGAAACUAUCCCACCCAAAGCUGGUCCAGCUGUACGGUGUGUGCACACGCCAGAAGCCCCUCUAUGUGGUGACUGAAUUCCUGGAGAAUGGCUGCCUGCUCAACUACCUGCGACAGUGGCGGGGGAAGCUCAGCAGAGACAUGCUGCUGGGCAUGUGCCUGGAUGUGUGUGAAGGAAUGGAGUAUCUGGAGAGAAAUAACUUCAUUCACCGUGAUUUAGCUGCAAGGAACUGUUUAGUCAAUGCUGAACACACUGUUAAAGUAUCUGACUUUGGCAUGGCAAGAUACGUCAUUGAUGAUGAAUAUGUCAGCUCUUCAGGUGCCAAGUUUCCAAUCAAGUGGUCAUCUCCUGAAGUCUUUCAUUUCAAAAAGUACAGCAGUAAAUCUGACAUCUGGUCAUUUGGUGUACUGAUGUGGGAAGUUUUCACAGAAGGCAAAAUGCCUUUUGAAAGUAAAUCAAAUUAUGAAGUUAUCCGUGAGAUUUCUGCAGGUAACCGACUUUAUCGACCACAUUUGGCAUCACACUCUGUGUACAAAGUCAUGUACAGCUGCUGGCAUGAGAAACCUGAAGGACGUCCUACUUUUGCAGAAUUAGUAGAAGCCCUCACAGAUAUAAUGGAGAUGGGAUAAUUGGGGAUUUUAUACAGGUGUAUUUACUGAAAAGUGAGCAUUGAGCUGGCCAAUGUAGCCUAUACUGAAAACUUCAGCCUUUUAGAGCAGUCUUUACUUAAACUAUGGUAGCAGCAUCCCUAUAUUGAAGCUGUUUGGGCUUGGCCUAAUUUGGGAAAGAUACCCGAGGAGACUGGAUUACUGGAUUUGUACUUUCAAGCCUUUAUUUCCAUGAAAAAUGUCCUAUCUAGAAAGAAGUAACCAAGCUUACUCACCACAUAAGCUCUUUUCCUUAUUCUUUUUGUCAGAGCUACGCUAAUUCCUGUAACAAUAUUGAUAAGAGAUGAUUUGUUACUUAAUAUGGUUCAUGCACAAGGAAAUAGUGAUUAGCAGCAGCAAAAGUGGUGGAAGAACCUGUGAAAAAGUUCCAGGACUAAAGGCAGAACCUUUUGCACUGCGUAACACUGAAUGAAUGGAGCAGUUUCAGAGGUAACUCAGCCACCAGAGCAGCAUGCGGAUUUUUGCCCGGAUACUGCACUGCGUGUUGCUGGGGGUCCAGACACACAGAAGAGGUGGAGGCAGCAGUUGUCCUUUGGCAGCUCCUGACCCACAUCCCAAACAGCUGGAAGGGCUCAGCACCCCUGAGGAAUUUUAAUCUUGCUCAUAGCUAAAGGCUAAUUUUGUGUGAAACAGAGAGAACAAGUAUAGAUUGUUUUAUUCAAGCUUCUCCCUGAACUUUUCACUGUCUUCCAUUUCUUGCUUGCUGCAGCUUACUCAAAUGCCCAUCAAAUGCUUUUCUUAGUACUCCUUCUGCCAGUGCCCAAAAUGGUGAACAAAGAGAGACUGGAAAUUGGCCAUUAAAGAAAGUGUUUUGUGUUAGUUUAGAUCAAAUAGAGUUUGUGAGACCUUACUUGCACCAUAUCUGUAACUGUGCCUGUUAGCUUAUUGUUCACUUCUAAUUCUUAAUUUUGGUUAGUGCAAAUGUAUUACAGAAAAAGCAAGUGAAUUUGGUGAUUUUUUUCAAUACAGAGAACAGUCAGGUCAUUACAAAUAAAUAGUAGUUUAAAAAUGUGAUUGUGCUGUGAAUUGUUAAUAGGUAAGUACAUCAUAUUUCAUUUUAUAGCACAUCGUAGAAAAAAUACUUCAAAGCCAGUAGAUGAAGAAUGAUGGACAUCUGAACAAGUUUGUUCAUUUCCACAUUUUAAAAGUAAAUGAAACAAUACAAUCAAUCAUUCCGAGUUUUGGAUUUCCAGAAGGUGAUGACACCUCUGGGCCAAAUUCAUGGCAAUAAUAGUUCAUUUUUAUUGCAAUAGCAUUCUCAUAGUUACCACCCCUUGGGGAAGGGAGUACUUUACUAUUUGGGAGUAACUUCACACACACGCUUUUAAGAUCCUUCUGCUCAAGUGAAACAUGAUAUUCUCAUCCUUUUGUGUAAUCUGCUGAAAGAACUGCCACCAGCAUAUGGCUCUGUUUACUUUUAUAACUGACUUAUUCAUGAGCAUUCAGUUCCAUCUCAGCCCUCUAACUGCACACAAACCUAUACAAUACUGUACAAACCACUGCUUUGAGCUCAUUGCAAGUUUAUGCCUGUAGUACAGUAAUACAGUGCUUUUGAGCUGAUGAUGCUCUACAAAAAAAAAGUAAUUCAAACUGUGUCUGAAGUAUAAAUGCACUCAGGGACUUUUAAUAAUAUAAGAGUAAUAUUUUACAACAGCUCUUGUAAAACUGGUUUUGCUACAUGAAUUACUGCAAGUUAAUAUGUAAUACCACAGUACCAUGCAAUUAAAAGGGG